GCCGCGUUUAUCGAUACAGAAGGAACCUUUCGCCCAGAACGUAUCAGGUCAAUAGCUGCUCGUUUCGGGAUUGACCAAGAAGCAGCACUUGAGAAUAUUCUUUUCGCUCGUGCCUUUACCUCAGAACAUCAGAUGAAAUUGAUUAUCGAAUUGGCCGCUCGAUUUUCGGAAGAAAAAGGAGUUUAUAGAUUAUUGAUAAUUGAUUCAAUCAUUGCUCUUUUUCGAACUGAUUAUGCGGGCCGUGGUGAACUCGCCGAACGGCAGCAAAAGCUGAAUAUUAUGCUCAGUCGUUUGACAAAGAUAUCAGAAGAAUAUAAUGUAGCCGUUUAUAUUACAAAUCAGGUUCAGGCUGACCCUGGUAGCAACAUGAUGUUUGUGAGUGACCCACGCAAGCCCAUAGGAGGUCAUGUGCUUGCCCACGCAUCAACCGUUCGUCUUUACCUUCGCAAAGGUCGUGGAGAUGAACGUAUAGCAAAGAUUUAUGAUUCACCUGAUAUGCCCGAGGCCGAAUCACCGUAUACUAUUUCAGCUGGUGGUAUUAUUGACAGUUCAGGUUAA